CAUGGGAUUCCGAAUCAUCUCCUUGUGUCUUCGCCUGCCAUGGCGACCUUCGUGCCUGUGGCUCACAAGGUGACAUGGUCAGCCUCCAUCGCUUCGCCGGCUUCGGUUCGGCCAACCCACAGGUCUGGCAGAGCUGACGGAGGCUCAUCUCAGAGCACGUGGGCCUUGGUCACUGCCCUUGCCGUCUCAGCUGGAGCCAAUCGAAAAAGGAACGAGCAUCGACUAAGAGGGCUUGCAAUGGAAGCAAAAGGCUUUGCCACUGCAGAAUGGAUGGAAGAUACCAACGAACAGAUUGCAACUAGGGGAAGUUCUUCGUCAUCCAGUUCAUCCUCGUCCACCAGCCUUACUACCAAAAGGCCAUCUUCCUCAUCACUGUCUUUGUCCGAUGGGAGGAAGCGCGUCUUUGACCCAGAUGUUCUGCGCAGUCCAUCGGGGGAGAUUUUGAGCGACGGUGAUGCUCCUCAACCAGAGGGCGCACAGGAGCUCUUCAACUGGAUGGAGGAUAGAGGUUGCACAGGCCUGCAGGAUGUCCAGUUGCUCUUGGGUGGUGGAGUGGCUUUGCGACGAAAGUGCCAAUGUGGCCCACUGAAAGAAGGGCAGGAGAUCUUUUGCAUCCCAAAGGAUGCCUGGCUGAUGCCCGAGGCCGGGUCGGGCUUGGAGGCGCUGGCAUGGCGACUGCUGCGAGAGGUGUGGGCGGAGGAGGAGUCUAGCUUCGCGCCUUUCGUCCGCCACUUGCGUGGGCAGGACAUGUCCUCGCAUCCCAUCUUCUGGGAGGAGGAUGAGGUGGAGUGGUUGAGACCAAGCUUGGAAGGCUAUGAGUUAGUUAAACCGCUGCGAGCCCGAACGGAGGAGAGGUUGGCGCGCUUGCUUGCACGAGUUGCAGCAGAGGCGCCAAAGGUGUGGGAGAACUUUGAAGGCCGAGAGGAGGCCUUGGCCGAUGAAAUCCGAUGGGCGCUGGCCACUGUUGAGACCAAGAGUAUCAAAGCCAAGGAUGCUGAAGGCGAGGCUCUGGUGGCGUUGUGUCCCCUGCUUGGUGAUUUUCGACUGGAUGCCAAAGGCCCUCAUGGCAAAGGGCUCCUGAGCUUUGAGACGGAGGGCGACAGGGUGGUCUCAUCAGCUUUGAAACCGUUGCAGCCCGGAGAGCAGCUCUUCCAACAUGUGUCUCACACUGGCGCAUGGUUGCUGGCAAACUUUGGGGCAGUUCCUGGUUCAGAGAUACCUGGCGUACCCAGCGACGCAGAACUUGUUGAAAGCAAUGUUAAUGAGAAUUCCUGGCUACCUGGUCCAGAAACGGACCCUGGUAGUUAUCCGCCGCAGACUUACAUGGGAACUAAGAUGGACCUGCUUUUGGAGCAUGCACGUGUGGAUUUGCGGGGGCCACGAGUCCCACACACACGUUGUGAUCGAUAUUGCUUCGUUCUGCCGGACGAGGCCAUGGGGAAGGGACGCUUGUUGCCUACCGGGCGUUUUAUGAUAGCAGACAUCGCUGGCAUGGGUGGUGAUGUGAAGUUGUGGAUGGAACGAUGGUUCGUUCGAUUCUUUCGGCACUGCGAGCUGGAAAGCUACCCUUCCAUCCACACUGAUGAUGAGCAAGCUGACGAGGUGCUGACCAUGGUGCAUGACACCCAGAUCGAGGUUAUGGCCCGCCGAACUGUUGCCACAUGGAUGCAGCAGGCCUUGCUGGAAAAGAACCAAAUGAUUGAACGGAUUGCAGGGCGAGCCGGACUACCAAUCGGGAACACUGAUGGGGUGAUCGUGUUCCAGGAGAACCAGACCGUCAUGGCAUAUUUCAAAGCCAAACGCAAAGAUGGCUCGGUGGGCAAGAGCAAGAAACCGCGAGAAGCAGUGGUGUUGUCCCUCCUGGAUGAAACCGUCCGAGUGCAGUUUGUCGGGAAUAAGCGCCGGCAUGAGAUACCGCUGAGCUGGGUGGUGAGUUCGACGCCUUUGCCGAAUCCGAAGCUGCUGUCAGAGGGUUGCUCUCCAGAGAGGCUCGCUCGGGGGAAGUUGGCCAUCACCCUAUUACGAUGUGAAAAGGCCAUCACAGGGCUGGUGAUGGAGACCCUCAGUGAGGAGGCGGAUAUGUUGGAAGAGCUUGGCAAUGGCGUGGAAGGGUGCAAGAGUCGGGGAGAUGCAGAAGGUGCUGAAAAGAUAAUGAAGGUGAUUCGAACAUUCUUGGAUCGCGAGCAGAUGGAGUUGGAUGAGGAACUGGCCAGAUGCCUUCCACAGUCUUUGGCCGACAUUCCUUCCGAUCCAGGGCACAAGCCUUUCCUGGACAAGCCACUCUACAACUUGCCAGAGGGCUAUGUUGACCCAAAGCUCUCGAAUGACAUCAUGAUGCUAGAUUCUGAUUUGACCAUUCCCAGCGCAGGUGCAGGGAACGGUUCAGAGGAGGCUGCGGACUGAUUGGAUCCAACUGACUGGCGGCCAAAAGACGCGCCGAGUUGAGUUGGCAUUGUUGAAC